AUUUACCACUUAGUUUCAUACAAUAGAUACACGUAAUACAUAUGUUAUUAUUAUCACCAACACUGCUGGUCCGUAUGUUUGCUUGAUGCGCUCCUUCUGUCACCUGUUUAGAAUACACAUUUUGUCUUUGGGUACAUUACAGCUUUAAAAUAGUCCACAAUGCCUUGCGGUGUCCUGUAAAGACUGCCGAAAUGAGAGGACCGUUUUUUUCGGGCUGCUUGACUGAUUGUGGGACUGCAUCCCCUAGGCUGCGAUGACUGAAAACUUCACUCGUGUAGAAGUUGUCUGCGCAUUUUGAUCAGACGCCGGAACGUCCUCCUCGACAGGCGUCAUGACGGGCAGUUGGCACAACUUUGUCUCAUUAAGUGAAAUCAGAAAACGCGCACUAUAAGACUCGCUCAGUAAAAGAAAAGCGGGGCUGGUUGUUUUCCUCAUCUGCAGUAAAGAAAAAAAUAGUUGCUGCUCCCGUCACCACUGCCGCCGCCACUGCUGCUGCUGCUGCUGCUGCUGCCGCCCGGCUGACACAUCCUUGGUCCCGUCUCCCAUCGCUGGCCAGAGGAAGCGCAAGAGGAAGGAGGAAGAGAGAGGGAGAAGGGGGGCUGCUGGCACAGCUCUUGGGGUCCUUGACCGACACCAUGAGGCAAUGAGGGGGGAAAACCCACACUGCCCUGACCCAGGAUGGAGCUCAAAGUCUGGGUGGACGGCAUCCAGCGCGUCGUCUGCGGUGUCACGGAGGCUACAACUUGCCAGGAGGUGGUCAUUGCUCUGGCCCAAGCUAUAGGGCGCACGGGAAGGUACACGCUGAUUGAGAAAUGGCGGGACACAGAGCGCUUCCUGGCCCCUCACGAGAGCCCCGUGGCCUCGCUGAACACCUGGGGCCAGUACGCCGGGGACGUGCAGCUCAUCCUGCACAGGACGGGGCCCUCCCUAGCCGAGCGGCCCCCCUCGGAGGGCCCGUGCUCCAGGCUGCCCGAGCGAGGCCCCCACCGGCAGAGCCUGCCGCCCAUGGCCAAGUUCAGGCCGCAGGGCAGCCUCUCGCUGCGCCGCCGGGAACCUCGCCGCAAGUCGCUCACCUUCGGAGGUGCCCCGCGGGGACUGAGGGACAUCCUAAGUGGCACAGCUGGUGGUGGUGGUGGUGGUAGCGGCCGGCUGCCAGGUGGUGGCCCUGUGAGCGACGGCGGGGAGCUAAAGCAGCACCACCGCCGGGCCUACGGGCUGAGCAACGGACACUUCCCCCCGUCCGGCACGCUGCAUCUGUCGGGGAGCCGCGCUGACGACCUGGCCCAGUUGGUGCGCCUGCAGGCGGAGAAGAUGAGCUUCCUCCGCAGCCGCAUGGAGGCCUAUGACAUGGAGCUCCGGACUUGGGCCCAGAGAGACCAGUGCAACAGCAUCGUCGUUGGAGGAGGUGGCGGUGGUGCGGGCAGUGGCGGCGGCAGUGGUGGCUGUAGCGACCCUGCGGUCCUGGCGGCGAGGUCGGAGGAGAUCUCUAGGCUGGAGAAGCGCCUGCGCAGGAGCGAGGCGGAGAUGGAGGAGGAGGAGUUCUGGGCGAGCGAGCUGGAGAUCGAGCGGGAGAGUGAGCGGCAGCUGGAGGAGAGGCUACAGGAGAUGAGGGGCCGCGUGGAGAAUUGCGACGGCGAGCUGAGGCAGAGGGUGAGCCGGCUGCAGAGCGUGGAGGCCGGCCUGGAGGCCGAGAGGCUGCACAAGGAGCAGAAGGAGAUGCAGAAGGUGAGUGAGGAGGAGCUGAGAGCACGUCUGCAGCGCAUGUCUCUGGAGCUGAAGGCGCAGACGCAGCACUCGACCCAGCUGGAGAGCAGCUGCAGGGCUGUGGAGCGCUCCAUAGGACAGUGUAGCAAGAGGCUGCAGGACAAGCAGCAGGAGCUGGAACAGCUGACCAAGGAGCUGAGGCAGGUCAACCUGCAGCAGUUCAUCCAGCAGACCGGCACCAAGGUCACGGUGCUGCCCGUGGAGCCCAGCGAGGAGGAGGAGGGAGGCCUGGCUACCGAGAGCACAGACUUUGCUGCCUUGUCUGGAUCCCUGAAGCGGCCUGGCGUGGCCAACCCCAUGCCAGGGCAUCUGCGGGUCCUCCAGAGUGGUCUGAGGUCGGCCUUAAAUCCAGAGGGUAUCUACGUCUAACUCUCCCCUCCAUGACAAAGGGCGUCUACGCUCAACUCUCCCCUCCAUGACAAAGGAUGUCUACAAGCUCUCCAUGACAAAGGACAUCUACGUGUAACUGUCCUCUCCAUGACAAAGGACAUCUAUGAGUAACUGUCCUCUCUAUGGUAGAAGACAGCUACAAGUAACUGUCCUCUCCAUGACAAAGGACAUCUACAAGUAACUGUCCUCUCCAUGACAAAGGACAUCUAUGAGUAAAUGUCCUCUCAAUGACAACAUCCAUCGCUGCAACACCACAAGCAACUCCAACCUCCCAGUUCUCUGAAGGUGAUGUUAAAAAAACUCAAUGCCCAGCCUUUUGAAAUCUUAAUGUUUCAGAUGUUCACUCACUGCAUGCAGUGAGUGGAGAGUCUGGUAUGGAGAAGGACAUCUCACUACUACCCUGUAAAUCAUGCUAUUUUGUUCCGCUGUACUAUUUACGUUUUCUUCAUGGACUGACUAUAGCAUAUUGUUCGGCUCCACCACAGCUGGAGGUGACUGAGCGCAUACAGUGCUAACACUGGGGGGUUUCUUUGUUACCAGAUGCUUUCUAAACAAACCAGAAGCUUUUUCUUGACAAACCACUCUCUUCUCAGCCGUUCAUACUGAGACUUUCAAAGUACAUGUGCAAUUGACUAUUUCAGAACAUAGGGUAGAAUUACUUCAGUAAUGUUUUUAUUAAAAAUAUAUAUAAUAUACAUAUAAUGUAGAUCAACAAAGAAGAGUUCCGAUGAUGUUCUUUUGAUGCAGACCAAAUAAUGUUGUAGAGGGAGGAGGUAAGACUUUGCGAGGAGAAACUACCCUCUCAUUUACCCUCAGAAGUGUUUGACGGUGUAAAUGUGAUGUUCUUCUGUGUAUAGAUUUCCUUCUAAUAACAAAUUCAUGCCAAAGACAGAAAAGUGUUACUGUUUCUAUCUGUGAGCCAUACCAGAGUAUUCCAUGAACUAUGGUUAAGUGAUAAACCUGGAUAAGUUAACCUGCAUGAAGUGGUAAAUCUACAAAUAGACAAACCCACAGGGGUCAUUUUGUUUAGAAAAUAAAGAUUCCAGGCUCUUGUAUUAGAUGAUUUACCGCUACCUCAACCUGGAUUACUACUUAAAGGGCAACUCCUGCCAAUUUCAAUGUGCUGUUGUUUUGCUCACACUACCCUUGACUUGUCAGUACCCGGUGACGCCGCAUUUUUUGGCUCAGCCCUUUCCGAGAUAAGAGCUAUUCUAACGAUACCUUUUGGGGAAAUAUUUGGAGUAGGCCUAUGCUCAUUUUUAAAAAAAAUGUAAACAAAAGUUGCCCCAUUAGAAUAGCUCAUAUCUCAGAGAGGGCUGGGCCAAAAACUGGGUACUGACAAGCCAAGGGUAGCGUGAGCAAUACAACAGCACAUUGAAAUUGGCAGGAGUUGCCCUUUAACCAGGUUCUUGGAAUACUCUGACUGCAUAGUUGCAGUUUAUCAGCGAUAAAGAAUGUGUUUGGUUAGCUCUGUGUUCAAUUCUACAUAUUGUCACGGUUGUUAUAAUCAGCCUGAAACAAAAAAAAGCCCAUUCAGUGCCUUAUAUGCUAUUGUAACCAGUGUUGCUCAGAAAUAUUAUUGAGAUUACUGAAGAAUGUACAGCUGGAGGGCUGUGUUUUAUGUCUGUUAUUAAUUUGGGAAACAAGGUAAGAUUCCUAACCACUGCAGUAUUAACGCCACCAGGUCAGAAAUCAGUAAGUCCGAUAUGAAAAUGUGUUCCUUAAUGCAGGAUCUGUUUUAUAUAGCUGUAACAAUUCAAUGUGUCAUGUGUUUUGUGACAGUGAUGUCACUGCUGUGCCUAUUGAAUCAUGCAAGUAUAGAAAAAGUGCAACAGUUGUGUUAUUGAGCGAUGCAUUUGAUGUGUGUCUGCCAUUCACUUGGAUGGUCCUCCAGACUGCUGUAUACUGUGCAGAUGUGCUUGCCUAGAAUGGACUUGGCAGACUUAAGCACUUCAGUCAAAAAAAAAUGUCCUUUCCAUGUUACGCCCUCUUACCACUAAUUGUUUCUCAGUUCGGACGGUCCAGACCUUCUGUAUGAAUAAAAUUAGUAUGAGGGUAUGGCAUCAGUGAUCUAUCUAGUGGUAUUCUGUUCACUGCAACAUGUCUCUGAUCUGGGGAGGAGUUUGGCUGAGUUGAUUUUCACCUCGGCAGCAUGUCAGCACGUCAUCUGUUG